AUCAUGCUUCUCGCAUCAGCACGGCAAAACGCCAGAGACGGGCCAAGUUUCAAUCCGCCAUUGACGUCGUUGCCGAUUGCCUACCUCUCUGCUUCCCGACUCGAGGCCGGCCUGCCAUUCACUAUCGUCGCUGCGAGCGCUUGCGGCCGCUCGAGCCGUCUCUGCCUGUCGAGCGGGCCACCUAGGGACAGGUCCCUGGAGCCGAACCCGCCUCGCAACUCGCGCGCUGCCGGGUCGCCACCUUUCGUUUCUCCCCGCGUUUCCCGAGGAUGUUGCCGACCCGAUCUUGACGUCGAACUGGCAGGUGCAUCAGGUGCAUUGUUCUCCGGUAGAGCGCCGAGAGCUCCUCGGAAUCCAAGACUCGUCACGACCCCUGGGGCCUUCUCGCUGCCGCUCCCAGAGGGGCGCCCCCAGAUCACAAGAUGGCAGACCCCUCGAGGUACACGCCACAGCCGCCCUACUACCAAGCGCAGGGCCCAGAGAACCCCCAGGAGCCUGAGGAUCCCGCACCGCGCACUCGGCAAUCAAUAGCGCUAGAGAACAUGCCGCGCCCGCCAGAUUUCGGAGCAUACGACAUGAGUGGGUAUGGGGAUAGCAAUGGAUCGCGCAUGGGGUCUGGCAUGGCGCAGCAGCAGCAGUACGGAAACCAAGGCUUUAGAGCGGCCUCGGCGCCGGCGCCGGCGCCGGCGAGCCCCCCGAUGCUCUCGACGUCCUGGGGGAACAACCUCGAUGUUCCCCGCGAUGACCCCGCGAGUGCCCACUCUCCCAUCGACCCCCUGGCACUACAGUUUGCCCUCCCUCCCGAAAUAAACCAGCGUCGAUCGCCUUCGUUGCAGCCAGAACACAGAGCGUCGAGUGCUGUCUACGCACCCCCAGCAAUGUACUACGAGGAGCAGCCUCACCACGUACACACCGACUCGGUCGACUCAGACCGCGCGCCGCUGGCCCCUAAUGCGCAGCCAAUCUCGGGGAACCUCGCCACUCCUAUGGCGGACGGUCAUCCUAGAACCAGUUUCCAGACCGUCAACGAUGCUGAUGCGACCCCCUCGCGGUCCAGAGACACCAGAAUGCUGGGCUUCGAUCUGGAGCCGGGCUACAGCGGAAGCUCGUCCCAACACCACAGCUUCGGCAACUCCCUGACCCCUGAAGGGCCCCGGUCACGCUCCAACUCGACCGUGGGCGCCCUAUCGCGGACCGCCUCCAUUGUUCGGGCCAUGUCUCAGCGUGUCGUCAACAUCAGUGGAGAAGGUGAGCUGAUCGAGCAGCAGAACCGCCGCUCGCGCUCCAGGUCGCCGGGCACAGACCAGAGGAACUCGAGCCCGAUGAUGGCGACCGAUACCGCGUAUCACUCCCAACUGUACCCGACGCCCCUGGAGAAGCAGCAAAGCGUCCCCGAGGUCGCCGAGGCCCACCCUGCAAACAGGUUUCAGGAGCCGCCGCGCCGGACCGGGCCCAUGCCGAACCCGCUCAAGGGAAAGUCCCUCGGCAUCUUCGGACCCAACAAUCCCAUCCGCACUAUUCUAUGCGACAUUCUGGUGCUGCCUUGGACGGAACCCAUCAUCCUUCUGCUGAUUGUCCUCCAAGCCGUCCUUCUGGCUGUCGAGUCCGCUCCCAGCGUCUUCGACCAGCCCAGACCUGGUCGGUUCGGGACCCCUAUAGACUGGGCCAUCCUGGGGCUGUUCAUAGUCUUCACUUUUGAAGUCAUCGCGCGCAUCGUCGUGUCCGGCUUCGUCCUUAACGCGGCCGAGUACAGCACCAUCGACAGGAAGCGCGGGGUCAAGGUUGCAAUGACGCAAAGGUACAAGCAAAUAUUUCAGCCACAGCGCCAAAAGUCCGUCCGUCGCGCCACGGUCCCUGAGCACUACGGACCCUCGACCUUUGCACGCUCCAUCACCAUAAUGCAGGGCCAGAUGGUCCCCGAGACCAUCGAGGAGCAGCAGCGCAUGCAGCUCGCCCGCAGAGCUUUUCUGCGCCACGGCUUCAACCGUCUGGAUUUUGUGGCGGUCGUGUCCUUCUGGAUAUCGUUUCUCUUGGCCUUGUUUGGCAAGGAGAAGGAACUCCACCUCUAUGUGUUCAAGAUGCUCAGCUGCUUGCGCAUCGUCAGGCUGCUUGCUAUUACUAAAGGCAAUGCUAUCAUCUUGCGUAGCUUGAAAAAGGCCGCACCACUCCUGGUACGCGUGUCGUUCCUGAUCUGCUUCUUCUGGCUUCUAUUCGCAAUUAUUGGCGUGCAGAGCUUCAAGUCCAGCUUCAAGCGCACAUGUGUCUGGCUCGAUCCCGCGCAGCCCGGUAACGAGUCGCUCUCGUGGAACAGCGAGAACCAGUUCUGUGGCGGGUAUCUUGACCCUAACAAAACUGGCGAGGACACGUCGGCGUUGCCCUGGGAUCGUUUGAUAGAUCCGGACGACCUGACGGCCAGGGAACAGGGCGCUGCAAAAUUCGCCAAGGGCUUCAUCUGUCCGCGCGGCUCCAUCUGCUUGGAGCAACAGAACCCCAACAACAGCACUGUCCACUUCGACAACAUCCUCAACUCUCUCGAGAUGGUUUUCGUCAUUAUGAGCGCCAACACGUGGUCCAACCUCAUGUACCGCACAACCGACACCGACUAUCUCCCGGCUGCCCUCUUCUUCAUCGCCGGCAUUCUAAUCAUGAUGCUGUGGAUGACCAACCUGCUCAUCGCUGUCAUCACGUCCUCCUUCCAAAUCAUCCGCGAAGAAAGCAAAGCCAGUGCCUUCGCGGCAGACCAGGAGACCUUUAACCCAGUGCAGGGGGACGACCCGUUGAAGAGGCAAUCAACGCUGCAGCGAAUCUACGCCAAGACGUCGCUGGUCUGGGUCCUCAUCAUUGCCUUUGACCUCCUGGCGCAAGCUUGGCGGAGCGCGCGCAGCAGCGAUGCGAGGCUGACCUUCAUCAACCGCACCGAGGUCGUGGUAACGAUCCUCCUCGCCGUUGAGAUGGUGAUUCGGUUCGCUGCGGAUUGGAGGCACUUCCACCGCCGGGCGAGGAACCUCGUGGACCUGCUCCUGGCUGUGGUCACCACCGUGAUGCUGGCCCCACCGAUCCAAGAGUCUGGCCAGGUGUAUGAGUGGCUGACCGUCUUCCAGAUCUUGAGGGUCUACCGCGUUGUCAUGGCGAUCCCCGUCACCAGCAAGCUGAUUCGGCUCGUGCUGGGUAACGCGACGGGUAUCGCAAACCUGAUGGUUUUCGUUUUCCUCAUCACGUUCCUCAUGUCCAUAUUUGCCUCGCAACUCUUCCGCGGCCUCCUUCCGGCGAAGGCGGGCGACAAAGACAUCAAAGUCACUUUUGCAAACCUAUACAACUGCUUCCAGGGCAUGUAUCAGGUCCUGACCAGCGAGGACUGGACCGAUCAACUAUACAACAUCACAGGCGCCACGGCCGGCUUCGGCACUGCCUGGAUGGCUGGCAUCUUCUUUGUUGGCUGGUUCAUCCUCUCGUACUUUAUUCUCAUCAACAUGUUCAUUGCUGUCAUCCAGGAGAACUUUGAUGUCAGCGAGGACCAGAAGCGUUUGGAGCAGGUCAAGGCGUUUCUGCAACGCAGAGAGCUCGGGUCGUCCAGCAACCUCUCCUUCUCCAAACUCUUCACCUUUGGCCGCCAGCGCAAGAGGGACCCGCUGGACUACGGCCCAGCGAUGAUGGAGAUGCUUCUGAAGGAGGCUGUGGUGAAGGACUUCCUUGACGACGAUGCCAUCGAUCCCCUCCAGCGGGCCCCGACCUUCCACACGCCAAACGCCCGAGGGCCCGCCAACGGCCCCAUCAUCCAAGCCGGGCGUCUGGGGACUGUGUGGGCAAAGGUGACGUCGGUGUUCUCAAGCAAGGAUCCCAACCCGUUCUACUCCAACGUGCGUUUCGACGGGCCCAACGAGAACCUGGACGCGCGACAAAUGGCUCACCAGGCCGUCUCGGCCGCGACGGCCCGGCGCAAGGCGCAGCGCGAGUAUCUUGGCCGCCACCCGACAUACAACAACUCGCUUUACAUCUUCACACCCAAGAACCCGAUUCGGCGGCUGUGCCAGCGUCUGGUUGGCCCAGGUCGCGGCAUCGAGCGCAUCGACGGCGUCGAGCCCAACAAGUAUGCCUGGUACAUCUUCUCGGCCAUUGUCUACGCCAUCAUUGUGACCAUGGUCGUGCUCGCCUGCAUCACCACGCCGCUCUACCAAAAGGAAUACCGCGAGAGGAAAGACUUCAGCCUCCGCAACUGGUUUGUAUGGACAGACCUGGGCUUCGCAGCCUUCUUCGCCGCUGAGGCCGUCAUCAAGGUCAUUGCCGACGGCUUCUUCUUCACGCCCAACGCCUAUUUCCGGAGCUCUUGGGGUGCCAUCGACGGGGUCGUGCUCGUCACGCUGUGGAUCAACGUCGUUACACUCCUGGCCAACCAAGGGACCGUGUCGCGGGCCAUCGGGGCUUUCAAGGCGCUGAGGGCGCUGCGCCUGCUGAACGUCAGCGACAGGGCAAGAGACACGUUCCACUCGCUCAUCAUAGUGCAGGGCUGGAAGAUCAUCAGCGCCGCCUUUGUCUCGCUCUCGCUGCUGAUCCCGUUCGCCAUCUACGGCCUGAACCUAUUUCACGGCCGGAUGAUGCAGUGCAACGAUGGUGACGGUGCCCCCCUGCUGGACGACUGCUUUGGCGAGUACAACAGUACCCCGUUCAACAAUGACUGGCCGAUGCUCGCACCGCGCGUGGCCAAGAACCCCAGUUUCAGCUUUGAUGACUUUGGCUCAUCCCUUUUCAUCCUGUACCAGAUCGUCAGCCAGGAGGGCUGGACUGACGUCUCGUACGCGGCGCAGUCGGUCACGCAGCGUGGUGCGCAGCCCGAGUGGGGCAACCGCCCCGGCAACGGCAUGUUUUUUAUCAUCUUUAACCUCCUGGCAACCGUCUUCGUGCUCACGCUGUUCAUAUCCGUCUUCAUGCGCAACUACACGGAACAAACGGGCGUGGCCUUCCUGACGGCGGAGCAGCGAGCGUGGCUCGAGCUCCGCAAGAUUCUGCGUCAGAUAUCGCCGUCCAAGACGUCAUACGACGAGUCCAGGAACAAGUUCAAGCAGUGGUGUCACAAGCGCGCGAUCGAGAAGAGGGGCAAGUGGUACACGGCCAUCACCGUGAUCCUGGUCAUGCACCUCAUUCUGCUUCUGGUGCAGUACUACGAAGAGCCCAAGUGGUGGGAGAUGACGCGGGACUACAUAUUCCUAUUCUUCACCGUCAUAUACCUCGCCAACGUCUGCGUCCGGGUCGUAGGCCUGGGCUGGGCGAGGUUCCGGCGGAGCUCGUGGGAUCUCUUCUCGCUUGUGGCCGUCACAGGCACGCUCCUGACGACGAUCUUCUACCUGGCCGACAUGGAACAGGAAGUGGUCAUCCAGCUGCAUAAGUCGUUUCUGGUGGCCAUAGUGCUUCUCCUGAUCCCGCGCAACGACGCGCUUGACCAGCUCUUCAAGACGGCGGCGGCCAGUCUGACGACGAUCGGCAACCUUCUAGCCACCUGGUUCGUCUUCUACAUCAUGUUUGCCAUCGCCAUGACGCAGGCAUUUAGCCUGACGCGGUUUGGUACCAACGAGACCAACAACCUGAACUACCGCACCGUCCCCAAGGCCCUGCUACUCCUCUUCCGCUUCAGCGCCGGGGAGGCAUGGAACACCAUUAUGGAGGACUAUGCCGCGCUCGAAGCGCCGUUUUGCGUCGACGACCCAAACAACUUCUUCCUGAGCGACUGCGGGAGCACGGCAUGGGCGCGGGUGCUCUUCAUAGCGUGGAACAUCAUCAGCAUGUACAUUUUUGUCAACCUUUUCGUGUCACUGAUCUACGAGAGCUUCUCGUACGUGUACCAGCGCUCCAGCGGUCUCGAUGUGGUGGAUCGCGACGAGAUACGGCGGUUCAAAGAGGCGUGGCGCAGCGUGGACCCGCAGGGCACCGGCUUCAUCAGCAAGGAGGCCUUCCCUAGACUGUUGGGCGAGCUGUCGGGCGUGUUCGAGAUGCGCAUUUACGACGCCGAGGACUCGGUGGGCCAGAUCCUCGACGAUGUGCGUAGCGACAAGCCGCCAGACAACCGCCACUCCUCGAUCGUGUCCCAGUCUGCCUUUACCGGCACGGGCAUCGACCUGCAGAGGCUCAACGAACGUCUCGCGCGCAUCGAUGUGGACAAAGUGCGCGAGCGCCGACGCCGUUACAACCUCUUCUUUGAAGAGAUCAUGGUGCUGGCCGACCCGGACAAGGGCAUCGCCUUCGGCACUGUGCUGAUGAUCCUGGCGCAUUACAACAUCAUCAGCGACAGCAAGAGCUUGAAACUCGAGGAGUUCCUACGUCGACGCGCCAGGCUUCAGCGAGUAGAGGAAGAGGUUCGCCGAAGAGUCGUGCAGGGAUUCUUUGACACUUUGUUCUGGACCAGGCGGUUCAGGCGACAUAUGGAGCGCAAGCGCUCGGCACGCAUGACCAACAUACCUCAACUCGACGUGCCCGAGAUCCUGGUCGAUAACGAGGACGACCUAGCCGGAGGCGGGACGCCUCUGACCCCGACAUCGCCGUUCCCGGCACACAACCGGGCACAGUCCAGCUUCCUCAGCGCCGACAAUGCGCGCAAUGCCAUGAUGUCGCAGCACCACCACCGAUCUUGGUCCGGGGUCAGCGGGGACGUGGCGACGUGGAAUCAAGAACAGCAAUACGGCGGACACCCGCUUGGGCAGCCAACGUCGACAGGCGGAAGGCUAGGCGGGCAAUCCAUAUCGCCGGGCGGAUGGGAUGACGGCAGCAGCAGCCACAGGUAUAAUCAUUCGGCCUUCAGCUUUGAGCUGCAGGAUCCCAUGGGCUCCGGCUCCGGCGGCGGCGGCGGCGCUAGUGGUGGUGGUGGUGGUGGUGGUGGUGGUACUGGCUCUCAGCCCGGCAGUGGCCCCAACAGCAGGCGCGGUAGUGUCAUCAGCCCCUCGCAGGCCCGCGAGCUCCUUGACGAUUCGGUCUGGGUCGAGAGUAUCCGGAAGAGCGCGACGGUCCGCCGAAGCGAUUGGGCCGGUCGAGGCAGCGGCGGUGCCGGCGGCAGCGGCUUCUAAUCACCUAAUACCUUUGAUUACUUUUCACUCCCUACCUCUCCUUUGACUGUUUUAUCACCACCGCCGAGACCAUCGGGUGAAGGCGGCACCCAUGUCCACGUCGCCAUGACUAUCAACAAUAUCAAUGUUCCUAUGUUUACACGGAGGCAGGCGGACGGGCUCAUGGAACCGAGAGUCGGCAAAUUUAAUACCUCUCUUGCCAUGUAUUCCUCUCUGGUCGUCUGUUAUGUCUCUAUUACUUUGGCUAUCUCUCCCGUUUUUCUAUCUGUGGCUGGGAUAACGAGCUAGACGUAGUACACUAGUAGCUCGCCCAACUCCCUCGGUAAAUACUGGUGGAUCAUCUUGACUUUAGGGGGUGGUUUUGUUAUUCAUUGCCACAAGGGCGACCAGACCGUCCUUGUGACAAUGUGUAACACGAUCAUCGGCAUGAACGCCAAAGCUCAAGAUUAUCCACCUGUAUUUGUCGAAAGAGAUGAGCGAACUACUGGUUUACCACGUCUACUUCGUCAUCCUUGCUUUUGACCACGAGAUGGACGCUUGGGAACAACAAACCCGACACCAACAGCCCCUACCUUUGGCGACCCAAACCGUAUCUGCUUCUCCUAUUCCUCUCCCUGCGUGUCCCUUGCCCUUUACUCGCCGGCGUCUCUGGCUCGAAGCGCUUGGCGAUGGGAUGGAAUGCCGCGGUUAGAAAGGAGGCGGGUGAUGCAACAACAUUGGAAGCAAGCGUUCAGCGACAGUCGGCCUGGAUUGUUCUUGGCAGAAGUCUAUGUGUAUUCAAGCGCAUCUGUUUUGUCGUCGUCGGGGUUCCCUUCGCCACGUGCUUCAAUGUCUGGUCUAUUCAAUGCUCCCCUGAUUGGAUUUGUCCUCUUUGAGCUAUUUCUGGCUGUCGCCUGCUGCCUUGCUAGGCAGGUACUAUGCAUUUGUAUUUGUGUUCUUUUUUCCGUGCUGAGACCGGGACGAGGGCGAUCAGUGCUGAAUAAAAAGGCCCAGAUUCCACAGGGAUGCCUCAUGUAAGGGCACAGUGGGACCAAGUAAGUACAAUAAGUACCUACCAGCCCGGGCUCGAGGGCCUCUCUCCCUCUCAGGUUUGUCAUGACCCUCCCCCAAUCAAUGUCUCACUAGCGCCGCCGCUUGGGAGGGUUGGGUCCCUUGCCGACGAUCUAUGCCCCCCAGGGGCUCGGUUCUACUUGCUUCACGACGCGAUCCAGCACACUCUCCUCUCCGCCUCACGGCUCUCAGG